AUGGCAGUUGCAAUUCCAGACAUCUCGGCCCCUCCGCGGGCUGCGGGCAAGCCGGACUUCCACACGCUUGUCAUGUCCUGCAAUCGCGAUGGCAUGGAAGCGUUGAGAAAAGGACAAUCCAAAGCUGCCUUUGAGCAGUUCAAGUAUGCGGAAGCCAUUCUCAUAGCCAACCAGGCUGAAAGUGGCACGAGCCUCGCAGCAGUUACCUGCAACAACCUGGGCUGCUACUACAAGAAGGUUGGGAAGCUGCACGGAGCGUUGAGCUAUCUCCGAAGAGCCUUGCAGAUGGAGGUGGACUUGGGCACUGAUGAAGUCACGCUGGCAGGUACUCACCUGAACGUCUGCGCCAUCCUCUCCAAACUAGAGAAGCACGACAAGGCGGUCCAGCACGCGCUGCAAGCCCUAGAGCUCAUCGACCGGAAGACGAGCGCUGUAGAUCCCGCGGACGUGUCGGCAGACGAUUAUUCCGUUCUCGCCAUCGCGUACCACAACGUGGCCGUGGAGCGAGAUCUGCUUCAACAGUACGACAAGGCCGCGUCAGCCUUCUAUCAGGGCUUCCAGGUGGCUAAGCGGUGCCUGGGCGAGGACCAUCCUCUGACUGUGACACUGGGCAAGAAUGCAGAUGCAGUGCUCCUCAAGUCGCAGAGGCACACCAAAGUUAGCUCUGCAACCUCAGCUUCCGCGCGGAAGCCCGCAAAGGAUACAGAUCUGGAGCGCUUUACCGCGGGGAUGACAGAUAGGAGCAUCUCCACACUCUUGGCUGUGCCAAGGCUGACCGGCCGCCAAGAGAUUCCACGUGUGUUCAAGGAAGUCUAA